AGUCCGGGCAGGCGGAAUCUCGCCAUCUCAUCAGCGUUCCCCUUUAUUAGUCAGGCCUGUUUCCAAGAGCUUUGUCCGUUCUGUAUUUCGCGCUUGGUGAUCACAUUUUUAUAUAAGAGGCCCACUUGCGAGUGCAUAUUUAGAAUCCGGUCGCUGUUGUUCAGGAUCAGCAAAACGUCUCUUCACCUGCUUCAGGGGUCCCGCCAUCAACACAUCUACUUAUUUAUAACAUACCGCUACUUCUUCUCAGCUUCCUCUCGGUGAGUCAAGAGCUACGUUACUAGUGUCAGCGUAGCUUUGACUUGAUUUGUCACCACCUUUCAACAAUAAAAGUCACCUAGCUACUAUGCCUCGCUCCAUUAUCUUAGACUCAAGAGCUCCGAGCGACCCUGAGCAUUACACCUCCUCCGGCACUGCCCCACAAGCCGAGCAAACCCAUUUGGCUAUGCAAUCAAGCUCACCCCAAAGCCAAUAUGUUCGGCCGAAUGACGGAGGGGCUGAAAGCCACCAGUCUCGAAUUCAUUUCCAUCAGAAACCACCGCAUGCAAGCAGUGAAAAUCAGUUGAUCGGCAGCCAUUAUGACUCAAACCUAAACUCAGCCUCCAAGGCAAAGGGCUUCCACACGAGUCAUUCGACUAGACGAUCGCCAUCCCAGGCAAAUGAGACGCAGCGGUUCAGCCCCUACUCGAAUCCUAAAAAAUUGGGUGUCUGUCUUCCCAAACUGUCGACGUCUUUCAAUAAUCCCUCCGACAAAUUUACUAAACCGCGCAAGCGCACUGUUAUCAUCAAACCCAAGUACCCUAAAUACGAAGGCUUAAGUAACUUCGCUGCUCCCAGAGACUUGGUCUCCGACAUCAUUCCUGGUAGCCGCACCAUCAAUCUUGACAAAUCUAGUCCUCCGUCCUCCAAAUCCGUGCCGUGCUUGACGCCUGAAAAAAUGAGUCCGAAAGAUUAUGUGAACUCAAUCGUCACAGAUGACGGCCAGACGGAAAGCUCCUGCGUUCCGAUAGACUUCUUGAAACGGCUGGACUUCGAUGAAUGGGACCAGAGGAAAGAUAACUUGUUGCAGAUGGUAGAAGAUAGGAAGACGUUUUUCCUUCAGAAUGGCUUUGCAGAGACUAGUGGAAAGCCAUUCCUGCCCGAUGAACAAGCGAUAGACAAAAAACCAAUUCCCAAUCGAUGGGUUUGGUACAUGCACCUCAGUACCGAAUACGAUAAGGCCAAAAGUACGCGGGUGCCUGCCGGCGGUCCGGCUGGAUAUUUGAAAUACGGAUGGGAUCGUCUUGGAGUGGCUGGCAAGCAGCCUUACCAAGAACUGGCGGACAUCUACUCGGCGCAGCGCCUGAAAUUCAUGGCCGAACACGGAAUAGUGGAGGAUUCGACCAAGAAAAAACCCAAACAAUCCGAUAAGCCUAAGGCUCGCAAUCGCUCAUCACAGGAUGUGUUCGCUGGUGGUGACAAGCAUCAUCAGAUAGAUGGCUGUUUUAUGGACGAACCCCUCUCACCGCGCAGCAGAAUGGCUCGUGCGAUCGACAAAGGGAUUUCCAGCAACCUACCUCACCUUCAACCCAAUUCACCUUUUGUUCCACUCCAACCCAUUCUUCAACCCAACCUAUUCUAUGAACAAUUCAGCCAAUUUUCGCAUGAGAAGCCGCCGUGUGAUUACGCCGAUGGUACUUCCGAGACGUUUGAAAUGACCAAAGCCCCCGGCUACUCCAGCUAUCUCCAAUCGCCAGAAUUGAUGUCUUGCGGCUUCUCGCCUCUGGGCUACGAAGCUUCUUCCUACAGCCACCGGUACAACUCCGAUUCAACCGCUGACCAACUUGGCACGCCUAUAGGAUACCCGUCUUCGCCAACGGAGUAUCCAUUCGCUUGCAACUCAAACUCCGCGUUUCCAUAUCAAGCUACAUCGGAGUUCCAAACUUGGUCGACCUUAUCUCCAGAAUCAAUCAACUCAGGUCGUUCAGAAACUGUAGGGGUAUUCCCUCCAUCUUGUAUGAACAACAGCACGUUAGACCCUGCGGCGAGCUAUUCUAGUCUAGCACCAGCGAAUGGAUUCCUCGAGCCUCUCAACCGUCACGAGAUAGACUUCAACGUACUUCAUCCCGGAAUCAAUUAUUAAGCUGUCCUAUUUCUGUACUUUUUCUCUUAUUCUAGUUGAGCAGCUCAAGCAAGAUAUUUUGAAUCCUCAUGUUGCGAAUAUCAAGCUUGUACUUGACCGCACUGCAGUAUAUCGGAAUGACCCCUUUGUUACAGUCCAAUUUUCUCGAAUGGUGUAUAUAUAUAUAUAUAUGAAUUUGAUCAUUCCCACAUUAUUUGGCGUUGUAGUUCGUGGAUCUCAAUCUCUCCCAAUUCUUUUAUUUAUCAAUCUCGCUUUGAUUUGUGUACGAAUUUUUGUAAUUUACCAGACUGUAAGAAGUACUAGCUAGCUAUUUGAACCUCACUUCCAAAACUCUGUUUUUGCUGCUGUUGUUUGAGUGCGGAUAUAUGGUUUUUGUUUGACAAUUUAACAUUCAAGUUUGGGCAUCCCUCUUCGAAUCCACAUCUCCAUGCAUUGCUAGCCCGGGGUCCUCAUCAGUUGGUUCCAUCAAAAAUUCAAUGAAGGAUUCUUUGCAGAAGAAAUGUCUUUUGCUUUGAUUUUAAUUUCAGAAAUCACUCAAAUGAAG